AUAUUGACUAAAUAUGGAAUCUCGAAGAGGAGAAUCCCUUGCAUCGGAUCGAACACUUUCUGAUCAACUUUCCACUAUCUGGGAAAAUAACGGAAAGCAAUGUAGAUGUCAUACUAGAGCCAGUAGAGGCGGGCCCUGCAACAGUCUUAGCAGCUGUUCACUGGAAAUCUUCAUGGAAAGCAGCGUGUCAUCAUUCGGCUCUACGCCGACUUUUAACGAAAGCGGCCGACUCCUUCCGGAAAGCGCGUACGGUUCCACAGUAACCAAUGCUCCAGACAGUUCAAUGUGGCCAGUCGCCAAACGCAUGUUAACCCCUGCAAGUUUUCAAUCACAGGGGUAUUUUAGCUACAUGGAUAAAAAUCCAGAAUAUUUUCGACACCGGAGAGCUGAGCCAACCAAAGCUAAACAUGUUCAAGCCAAGUCAACUAAACUACCGGACAUUAAUGCCCACAAAAAAUACGUUCAUAUACCUAAAGACAAUACCCAACAAGUUAUGAUGGAAAGAUGCUAUAAAAACAACCAAGUUGGCCGAUCUAACACUACUCACAAGAUCAAAGAAAUUCAGUCCGUUUACGCUCCAGAGAGGAAAACCUCUGAGGUGAAGGCAAAAUCCAAGCAACCGCAAAGUUACAGAAAACCUGCCGAAAAAAAACUUUCCUCAGUCCAGACAAACAAUUUACAUGCGAAAAUCGUUCCAAAUAAAAACAACAAACCUACUGAAAAUAAAAGAAAGAAGAACUACGACACUGCGAAAGAGAAUACAGACAUUUUAAAAUCCAGAGCCAUGGCGCCACCAUUUAAUACACACGUAGACAGAGAAGCUUCUCAAAGAUUUAUCCGGCAUUAUUAUGGUUAA